UGCGAGGCAGGCGGAGAGCCGCGCCGCCACCGAGAGGCGCCCGCCUCGGGCCCGCCGCCGCCGCCGCCGCCCGGUGAAUUCGGCCGGCCGGGCGCCCAGCCGCAGCGGGCGGCCAUGGCCGAGGUGGGUGGCUUCCUGGGCUCCCCGGACCUGGACUGGCCGGGCCUGGCCUCGUCGCUGGGCAGCGCGCCCCUGGGCGACUCGCCGGGCUUCCUGGCCGAGCGGCUGGGGCAGAUCGAGGGGCGGCUGCAGCGGGGCUCACCCACCGACUUCGCCCACCUGAAGGGCAUCCUGCGGCAGAGGCAGCUGUACUGCCGGACCGGCUUCCACCUGGAGAUCUGCCCCAACGGCACCGUGCAGGGCACCCGCCAAGACCACAGCCGCUUCGGGAUCUUGGAAUUCAUUAGCUUGGCUGUAGGGUUGGUUAGUAUCCGUGGGGUGGACUCUGGACUUUACCUUGGCAUGAAUGAGCGAGGCGAGCUAUAUGGAUCGAAGAAGCUCACAAGAGAAUGUGUUUUCCGUGAGCAGUUUGAAGAAAACUGGUACAAUACCUAUGCCUCGACUCUGUACAAACACACUGAUUCUGAGAGACAGUAUUAUGUUGCUUUGAACAAGGACGGCUCCCCCAGAGAAGGGUACAGGACUAAAAGACACCAGAAAUUCACUCAUUUUUUACCCAGGCCAGUGGAGCCUGCUAAGAUCCCUGCAAUGUACAGAGAUCGCAUCCACUACAAGUGACGUUCUCUGCCACCUGAGCAGCCAGUGUGUCUGUCCCUUGGGCUCCCAAGGCAUUUGCUGGAGCACUGUGUCUUAUAGUCAUUCCAUCCUUCUUUUCAAAACUAGGUAACAAACUGAGAAGCACUACCAUGAAUCCUGCUACUGCUCAUUCCUCGGUAUAUAGAUGUAUAUCAAGGUCAAGCGCAUUUGUGUCAGGUGGGGACAGGAGAAGGACAUGGGGUUCUUCAGGCAUCAUCAUUCACUUCUUGAACGGCUUUCUAUAUCUGGAGGACUACGAAAAAGCAAAAGUUUGCAUGGAGAAAAGGUCGUUUUUGUACCAGCAACAUAAUGAAGAUGAUUGCAGGAAAGAAGGCCAUGGAAUUACUCCUCUGCUGCUCAUAUGUUUGAACCUGUUGGGGGCCCUUCAGAUGGUAUCCACCAAAGAGAAGGGGCUGUUGUCUGUGCUACUUGGGUUCUGUUGGAGUGCUUGUAGUAGAUUUGCCGUAGGUGUUGCUAGGCAAAGCCCUACAGUGGUCUCCAGAGGCUUCACAUCCAUGUGGGGAAACGAGGGGCAGAGACCACAGAGAAUCCAGAUGAAACCUGACAGCAUGCAGUCCUGAGGGGCUGUGUGCAUGUGCACAUUGCUGCCUGCUUUUGGGGAAAUAGAGCAGGAGUGAGUGGGUCAUGGAGCCAACAUUCUUUAGAUGUAAACAUACUGUUCAUAAGGACAAAUUUAUUUAUAAAGUGUAUAUUAUAUUUAUUUUAUAUAUUUAUUUAUUUCAAAAGUAUUUUAUUUUUAAAGUAGAGCUAUUAUGGCCCAACUUUCAACAGAAAGCAUAUGGUCUUACUGAAACAGGAA